AUGAAUUCGUCAAGAUUUGCAUUUGAAUGCAUCAUAUGCUACGGCGAAUACAAUUCGACGAAUCGUCGACCGUGCAUUGGAACAUGCGGACAUUCAAUUUGUGAAAUUUGUAAGCAUCAAAUGAAGUAAGUUUAUCUUAAAAAAGUCAUCGUUUAUCAAUUGUUUUUGUUUUUUUAGCAACGCAAAAUGUCCGCAAUGUAAUCGUGAAGACGCUUUUGCGAUUACAACAAUAAACUAUCAAAUUUUAGAUGUUAUGAAAUGUAUACAUAGUUCAAAUAUUGCUGGUUCUAGUAACGAACAGACAAGUGGAAAAUCAGAGGUGAGAGUUGGAUUCAUUAAACUUCCAUCAAGUUGUCUUUGUUUCAGAUAUCCGAUGAUGUAUGUUCCGGUUGUGGAUCACAUAGUAAAAAGCUUAGAAUAUGUAUAGAUUGUGGUGUGACAAGUGGAAUUCUGAAACGUGCAGAAAAAGGAGCAAUUAGUUUAGUUAUUGAAGGAAGUCAGGAGAAUGCUUUCAACGGUGCCAGAAAGUUUGCUAUUUGUAGUGAUUGUGUUCUGGAACAUCACAGAACUCAUGACACAAAAAUGUUUUCGGAUUUGAAGGAUGAAUUAAAUUGUAUGAUUCAAGAUAGUAUUGUGCAACGAAUACAAGAUUUGUAUAAUGACGCUCAAAUUCAAUCGAAAAAAUUGAACAAAAAACUGAACGAGUAUCAAAAGGUGAGAAUUAAUUUAAAAAAAAACAAAAAUAUUUGAAUUUUCAAUGAAGACUAGAAUUAUCAAAAUGAAAAAAGUAGGUUGGGCUUGUGCUUUUCGUUUUUUGACACAAAGUAUCAAUAAUCAACACCAAUUGUAAUACUGAUAAUGAAGUGACUCAGAAAAAUGAGUCGGUGUACGUAAUUUUUGAAACGAAAUGAUAAAAAGUUACAUAUAAAAGAUGGUUUCAUCAAAAACACCUCAUUAUCAUUUUGUCUAUUGAUUUCUAUUUCCUAAAGAUGAAAAUUGUUUUUUUUUUCAGUUUUCACACUUUAGACGUUUUCUGUUGAUUUUGAAAACUCAGAAAAAGAUCAAAAGUGGGAAAGCUGAAGCUUAUAAAUAAUUUAUUUAAACAACGGCAAGUGAUUUAGAACAAUAACUGUUAUUUUUAGCAAUCGUUGAAAUUGGCGGAAAAAUUUAAUACUUUGAAACAAGAAGAUCGAAAACCGCAUACGGCAAAUUUGGCACUUGUUAUACAAUCAUAUUCAAAUGUGAUAGAGACAAUACACGAUACAAAUUAUCGAAUUGAUCAAAAUCUGGAAGAUGUGAAUAAACAAAUUCAACAUAUCGAGGAAACUGGAAAAGUUCUAUCAAAAAAGGCAAUCGUAUUUGCAAAUUCGGAUCCAGUUUUGAUCGCUGAUCGAAAACAGAAUGUGAAAGAUCCUCUUCUUAUUGGAGUUUUCAAUCCACGCGAAAAGACAUGGUUGAGUGUUGGUAGAAUGCCAAAUCCAAAAUCUAAUUAUGCAGUCGCAACUUAUCAAACAACAAUUUACAUAGUUGGUGGAAUGUUUAAUGGAGCAUGGUUGUCAAGUUUGGAAAUGUAUGAUAGAGACAAGAAUUUGCGACGUGAUUGUUUGCCAAUGGCAAAUGGAAGAACUCGUACAUCAGCUGCUUUUCAUAAUGGAAAAUUGUAUGUCUGUGGAGGUUAUGAUGGUCACUACAUGAAUAGUGUUGAGGUUUUCGAUCCAGAAACAAAAGAAUGGAAAGUUGGACCAGAUUUGCAAAGACCAAGAGCUGAUUGUGCUAUUGUUUCAUGUUCCGGUGUGCUGUACAGUAAGUUUUUUUUCUAAAAAUUCACACAAACACUUCUUUUUCAGUUCUUGGUGGUUAUAAUGGUAAAGAAUAUGAAGAGAAAAUCGAAAUUCUUGAUGAAUCUCUGAAUGCAUUUGUGGUACACGGUGAAAUGAAUGGAAGUCGUGCUGGUUUUGGAGCUUGUGUCCAUGGGGAAAGAAUUUAUGUGGCUGGCGGAUGGAGUAAUGCAAAUAAUACUCUCAAAGAUUGUCGAAGUUAUGAUCCAAUGACAAGAAAAUGGCGUGAUGAAACAGCGAUGAAUCGUGAUCGUAAAUAUUUUCAACUUCACGCAACACAAGAAGCAGUUUAUGCGAUUCGUGGAUGUGCUGACAAUUGGAGUUUGAUUGCGGAAGUUGAACGAUAUAACGUGAAAGAUAAAACAUGGGAAAUUAUUCCAUGUGUCGCACAAUUAUCAAAUACGAAUUCCAAUUCGAAUACUAAUCCGAAUGCGAAUCCGAAUGCAGUUUCCUCCAACUGA